AUAAUCCUUCUGGCUGGGUCUUACUCUACGGCCCACCGCAGUAUCUAACACUCCUGGUCCGGCGUCUGCAAUGGCAAGAGCAGCGGCGGCGGAGGCCUUCUCGCGGCGCCUGGGCGCGGCCGUGCGCGGCCUCUCCGGCGCCUGGUACAACCGUCAUAUGGCCGCCGCCGACCGCGCCAUCCGCGCCCGACUCCCCCUUGUAGACCUCGUCCUCGAGGUCCGCGACGCCCGCGUACCCGCCACCUCGGCGUUCGAGCUUCUCCACCGCCGCUCCCCGGAGGAGCCCGACGUGCGUCUGCUCGUUGCGCUCAACAAGGCCGACCUGGCUGAUAAGUCCGAAACCGAGAAGUGGGUGGCGUUCAUGAAGCAAAGGGGCUGCUCGUGCAUCGCGGUCAAUUCACACAGCAGGGGAAGCAUCAAUGAGCUGUUGAAUGCUGUGCGUGGGAGGAUCAGGGAGAUCAAGCUUGGGGUGAGCGACUGCACAGGGACUGUUCUCUUGGUCGGUAUCCCUAAUGUUGGCAAGUCGGCCAUCAUCAAUGCGAUGCAUCAAAUUGGAAGGAUUGGGGCAGCAGAGAAGGGAAAGCUCAAGCAUGCGACUGUCAGCAGCCAUCCAGGAGAAACCAGAGAUAUAAGUGGCUACAAGGUUGCUAGUCAUCCAAAUAUAUAUGUGUUAGAUACUCCUGGUGUUCUAUCUCCUAUAUUUGCGAAUGAUGAAUCUGGUCCCAGGCUAGUUUUGACAGGAGCAAUUAAGGAUUCCUUGGUAGAGGAGUAUGAGAUUGCGCAAUUCCUUCUUACAGUUCUUAACUUAAGGACGGAAUGCAGGGAGUGGGAGAACCUGAAUCUAGACGGAGAUAAAUCUUCUUUUGCUGAUGCAAUUCCCACCAGGAGUUGCCAUACUAAAAGGCAGUAUUCCUCAGAUCAUACCCAGGAUUUUAUCGUUAGAGCUGUUCGUCAAGCGCUUUCUGAGACCAUAGCAUCUUUUCAGGGAGAUUUAGGAAAUGAGAAUGAUUUAAGAAGAUUAGUAGAAAUCCAGUUUACACACUUGCAGAAUGCUUUCAGGAUUUCUGCUGAAACAAUCGAGGAUAGGAAUAAAUGUGUCGCUGUCAAAUUACUCAAUCUCUAUCGCACAGGAAGGCUUGGCCAUUAUACCUUAGACCAUGUUCCAGAUUUUAGGCAGGAAGUAGCUGCAUAAUCAUCCAAUAUGAAACACGGGUCAGAGAAGGAUAUGUGGAUACAAAUCAUUA